AUGGAUCCCCGUAGAAGAGACCAUUUAAGGGCAAAGUUCUCCCGUCGCGUGUACUUUGCCUUUGUGAUCUUUCUGGCAAUUGGCCUAUUACAAUGGGUGCUGAUCUCUAUUCUACCGGCUGCUCGUGAGAUAUUCAAAGACUUUGGAAAGUGGUGCUCGAUCGCAUUUUGCCUGGCUGCCCUACUCUUUGGCGUGUUUAUAUUCCGUAGUAAUAUUCGUAGCCACGAUAUAGGGAAGUGGGUGAUAGCGGCAGCUAUAGUUGAGCUGUAUGUUUUCUCAAUGUACGUCCUGGCGGCUAGAACUUGGCUGCCUGAUCUCUUGGUUUAUUUCUUCAUCUGCAUUUUGGCCAUGGUUGUGGCCUUGGUUAUAGGCUGUAACCUUUCGUAUUCGAUGGAUAUGACUGAGAAUAUUGCUCCGAUUUUCAUUGCAACCUAUAUUUUAGUCUCAACCUCGUUGUACCCACUGUUGUUACACCUGUUCGUGGUGAAUGCUGCGCCUUAUGGCUUUGCCGCCUUCGAUAUUAUUCUCACCGUAGUGAUGCUGUUGCUGGCGAUGCUGCAUGCGCAGACCAUCCGAGGAGAUCGCUUUAUCAAAAUGAGCACCGAUGACUGCCUGCUGGCUGCCUUGCUACUCUUCCACGAAUUUCUUGCCAUUUAUGCAAUGACUUUUUUUUGGCAAAUUAACUACCAUUUUUUCACGCCAAAGGACUUUUUCUGGAGGUCAACAAGUACAUCAACGGCCUCGAUGAGCACCACAAGG